GAUACGUUAUUUCAGAAUGUAAAUAAUAUAUAAAUAACUAAAUGCUCAAUUAGCUAUUAUUAAAGUUAGAAAAUUCCUCGUUGUCGAUCAGUUAAAACGCGCCGUGGCAACGUCGCGCUUCAGUAUCGCCAACAAAAAGUGUUUAAAAGUCCUUUUUUAACUAUCCCAUUUUGACAAGUACCAUGCGGGAAAUUCUGUUGCUGUAGAUUUUAAUUAUUUUGUGUUGAGGGUGGCUCAAUCGUUUCCGAUAUCAAGCGUCGGAAAAUUACAAGUAUUUUAUAUGGUAAAGUUGUAAAAUAAUCGUGUAAAGCUGAUCAAGGUUAUGGUCUAAGACGACAAUGGGUGAAGCCAAAGCAGGUUUGAAGAAUGAAUGCCAAACAGUUGCCUUGCGUUACCGAUUCCUUUUUGAAAAUGUCGGGGGCGGCGAAUCCGAGUUGAAAUUUGUCAGCCAUCCAGUUAUCGAACUAGAAGUGGAACAACCUAAAUCAGAUACUCAAACUUCCGAACUUAAGCCCGAAGAGGUAGAAUAUGAAGAUGACGUAGAGUAUUUAAGGAGUUUAGAUCCCAAAGAAUGGAAAAGUCAGGACCAUUACAAAGUUCUGGGCAUUCCCACAUUAAGGCAUACAGCAACAGAAGAAAUUAUUAAAACAGCUUACCGUAAAAAAGUGUUGAAACAUCAUCCGGACAAAAGAAGGGCUCUAGGAGAAGAAAUUAAACCGGACGACGAUUAUUUCACCAAUAUUACAAUGGCUUACGAAACUCUAGGCAAUGUGAAUAGAAGACGAGCUUAUGAUUCAGUGGAUCCUGAAUUUGACAAUAAUAUUCCCAUGGGAUCCGAGCUGAAAAAAGAUUUUUUUGAAGUAUUUUCCUAUUACUUCGACUUAAACAAGAGAUGGUCGGAAAGGCGCAACAUUCCCAACCUUGGCAAUGCCAAAUCCACGAGGGAGGAAGUAGAAAAUUUUUAUUCCUUUUGGUAUGACUUUAAAUCUUGGCGCGAGUAUUCUUAUGAAGAUGAAGAAGACAAAGAUAAAUGCCAAGAUCGCGACGAAAGAAGAUAUGUAGAUAAAUUAAACAAAGCUGAGAGACUUAGGAAAAAAAAGGAAGAAAUGGCCCGAAUUAGAAUGUUAGUGGAUUCGGCUUACAGUAACGACCCGAGAAUAGCAAAAUUCAAGCAGGAAGAUAAAGAUCGCAAGCUGGCCGCGAAAAGGGCUAAACAAAGUGCCGCCCAAGCGAAAAAAGAGGAAGAGGAAAGAAUCCUGAGGGAAGUUCAGUUAGCGAAAGAAAAAGCAGAUGCCGCUGAGAAAGCCAGAAUUGAAGCGAAAAGGCAAGAAAGGGAAGCCCAGAAAAAAAUUCUUAAAAAGGAAAGGAAACUCUUAAGAGAUACUUGUAAAGCGAACAAUUACUUUUCCGACAAAGACCAACAAAAUCUCGCGUAUGUUACUGCUAUAGAAACCAUUUGUGAAACUUUGUCGCUAGAAGAGUUGGAAGAAGUAAAUAGGAAUAUAAAAAAUAAUGGAAAAUCUGCAUUCCUAAAGGUUAUCAAUGAGCACGAGGUGAGAUUGGCGAAAGAACGGCAGGCUGUGGUGGAGGCGGCCCGACAGAAAACCAGCGAGGAGAACAAAAACGGGGCUGUGGCCAAAAUCGCUCCCGAAUGGAAUGAGGUCAAUCUGCAACUGUUGGUUAAAGCUGUGAAUUUAUUUCCCGCUGGUACCAAUCAAAGAUGGGAAGUAAUCGCUAAUUUUAUUAACCAACAUGGCGCGUUUAAUAAGAUCAGCGGUAAAUUUACCGCAAAGUUGGUACUGGCCAAGGCCAAGGACUUGCAGAACACAGAUUUCUCCAAGAAUAAUUUGAAGGAAGUCGCGAAUAAACAAGUGUUCAACAACUUCAAAAAGGACAAAAUGGUUUUAAACAUUGACGAAUCUAGUAUUUCCAAAAAAUUAGAUGAAUUAACCAUUAAUGGUACCGCUAAUGGUAUUAGCUCAAAUGACGAAGCAAAAAAUCAGACUAAAAAUGAUCAACCUUGGACCGCUGCUGAACAGCAACUACUAGAACAAGCCUUAAAAACUUACCCAUCGUCUACGCCAGAAAGAUGGGACAGAAUCGCUGAAUGUCUGCCCCAAAGAAGCAAAAAGGACUGUAUCAAGCGUUACAAGGAAUUGGCUGAGACGGUCAAAGCGAAAAAAGCAGCCCAAGCAGCAGUGGGUGCAAAAUAAGCCGUUUAUCAAGUACUUUUUUGUGAUUUUCUCAUGUAAAUUAUUUAUCUUUUGACAAUUUCUUUAAUAGAGCGCAAAGUAUGUUUCCUAUAUUGUUUCCUUGAAUUUUCGCUUCAACUUGGCAAUAUUUAAAUCCUUUUUUUAUAUUUUGAAAUAAAUAAGUUAACAUUUU